AUGAAUAGAACUCCAAAUACAAACGAGACCAACAACGGCAAGUCAACUACCAGAGCAGUGUUCAAUUACGCAGCGGCUGCAAAGCGAAGCUCACAGAUUCAAGAUCGCCCACCAUCACAAACGCAACAACAACAACCCAACACCAACCAAUCCCCCGCUAAUUCUCGAUCGACCUCCCAGAAUGAACGACAACAGAACACAAGAACAACAUCGAAUGGAAGUGCAUCAAUAAACGGAACGGCUACCGAUUCAGCAGAGUCGUCGACUCAACAAUCGUCGUUUGCAUCGGCUGUGGCCAAAGAAACAAAUAGUCCUUCCAAGAACGGAUCGACACAAUCGUCACCAGCAAGUAAAGGUGCUCGGAGCGCAUCUGUGCAGCUUCCACAAGCUCCACCAGCAGAUUCAGCCCCCAUUCAGUUUGGCUCCAUCAAUCAAGAUGAAAGCCCUAAUGUGAUUACCGAAUCAUGGAAGACUGAAGAAGGCCCCAAUGUCAACCUUACCAUCAAAUUUGGCAGUUUGCCUGCUACCGACACUGACGCAUCCUCCGCAAGCCCACAACAACCCCCACAACAACAACAACAACAACAACGACGAGAUUCCACUCAAUCAAAUCAUUCUGCAUCUGAUUCCCAACAACAACAACAACAGCCUCCUCAGCAUUAUGGUGGUAACAGACAUUACAGCAAUCAACGUUACAACCAAAACAAAAACAUCUCGCAUUCCCCCAACAUGCAAAACGCACAAGCUGGCUAUGUUCCUCAUCAUCAAAAGCAAUCCAUUUCUCCUCUCAUGGGCCAAGCACCUUCCCCCUCAAUGCCCGGCCAAAAUAUCCCAAUGCCAAAUAGCUGGGCUAGCCCUGCUCCUGUUCAUGGUCAUAUUCCGCAAUAUUUUGUCCCCCCUCAGAAUUUUGAUGGUCAACGCAGCUUUUAUCCUCCCACUUACGAUCCUAUGGCAAUGAAUGGCAUGAGCGGCCAAACACAGCAUUACGUUCCUCCACCCCGCAGCAAGAAUAGAAUUCGUAUUGUCGAUCCCAACACCGGCAAAGAUGUCAAUAUGGAUAACGUCAACUCUACCAGCUCAUCAGCUAGCAGCACCAGCACAAAAGAGACUCCUGUCAAAUCUGAAAAGAAGGUCACCUCUUUACCACCAUCCACUUCCAAAGCCAUUCCUAUCGUCGAUCCAGCAAUCACCAAUCGUGAAAAGCGUGAUCGUGAAGAAGCCGCUCAACGUGCAAAGGAAGAAGCUGAACGUAAAGAACGUGAGGAAAAGGAACGUGAAGAAGCUGAACGCAAGGCCAAGGAGGAGGCUGAACGUAAGGAACGUGAAGAAAAAGAGCGUGAAGAAGCUGAACGCAAGGCCAAGGAAGAAGCUGAGCGUAAGGAACGUGAAGAAAAGGAACGUGAGGAGGCUGAACGCAAGGCCAAGGAAGAAGCUGAGCAAAAGGAGCGUGAGCAAAAGGAACGUGAGGAAGCUGAACGCAAGGCCAAAGAAGAAGCUGAUCGUAAGGCUAAGGAGGAAGCUGACAAGAAGGCUAAGGAAGCUGAGGAACAAGCCAAGCCAGCUGCUGAGAGUGGUGAGGAAAAGGCAACCAAGGCACCUGCUCGUCUUGAUAUGGCAGCUGUAUCAUCUUCCAACAAUGCAGCUACUACUACUCCAGCAACUCCUGCCACCCCUGCUACUGCACGCAAGACACCUACAACACCCAUGCGCACCAUUGAGGAUUUCAGUGCUAUUUCUUAUCCUGAAGAUGUUAAGCCUUCUGGUGGUACUCGUGAUACCCAAAGUGGAAAGCUUCAAUAUGAUCCCAAGUUUUUGUUGCAAUUCCAACCUCUUUGCCGUGAGACCUCUGAAGAUCUUUCAGUAUUCAAGGAAAUGAUGUCUGAAGAAUCCAAUGAACGUGGCUCUCGUCAAUCAAGCCGUCGUCAAGGAUCUGAACGUGGACGUGGUCCUCGUACUCCUGGUUCACCUAUGGACAUGGGUAUGUUCCGCCAUGGCUCAAAGGAUGGUCGUAUGGAAAUGGGCAAGUUUGCUGGUGGUCGUCCUUUAUCUCAUCGUGCUGGAAGUGGCAGCCAUGGCUUACCUCCUCCAGGAUCCCCUGGUGGUAUGCAACGUGAAGGUUCUCAUGGUGGCCGUAGCCGUAGUGGUCGUGGUGGUAAGCGUCAUGGCGGCAAGGAGAAGAAGGAUGAAGAAAAGGAACAAAAGGGUGGUCCUACUAUUCCUCCCGAACAAGUGGUUCCUUUGGAAAAGAGUCAAAACCGUUGGGUCCCUCUUGCUAUGCGUAAAAAGAUGGAAGCUGCUGCCGCUGCCGCUGCUGGCGAAAACGCUGAAGAGGAGAUGCCCGAUGAAUUGAUCAUUCGCAAGGUCAAGUCGUUGCUCAACAAGCUCACGUUUGAAAAGUUCGAUUCCAUCUCCAGCCAAAUUUGGGAAUAUGCUUCAUACUCCAAGAAGGAAGAUAAUGGCCGUGCUUUGCGUUUGGUCAUUCAACUCACUUUUGACAAAGCAUGUGAUGAACCUGCCUUUGCACCCAUGUGGGCUCAAUUGUGUGAACGACUUUAUCAGAGCAUGACUGAUGAUAUCAAGGAUGUCAACGUUUUCGACAAGGAGGGCAAGGUUGUCCAUGGUGCUCACUUGUUCCGUAAAUACUUGUUGAACCGCUGUCAAAGUGAUUUCGAGCGUGGUUGGAAGAUGCAGAUUCCCAAGAUGGACGAGAAUAAUUCCGAAAUGCUCACCGAUGAAUACUAUGCAGCUGUCAAGGCUAAGCGUCAAGGUCUUGGUCUUGUUCAACUUAUUGGUGAAUUGUUUAAGCGUCGCAUGUUGACCGAACGUAUCAUGAUCCAAUGCUUUGGCCGUCUUUGCGCUGAUCCCAAGACCGUUGGUGAUGAAGAAACCGAAACCAUGUGCAAGUUGAUGACCACUGUUGGCAAGAACCUUGAUGUCAAGGGUACUCGUGAUUACUUGGAUGCAUUCUUUGAGCGCAUGAACGAGAUGACAGAGAGCCCCAACCUCAGCUCGCGUGUUAAAUUCAUGAUUAUGGACGUCUUUGAUUUGCGAAAGAACAAGUGGGUUAGCCGACGAGGCAAUCAACCUGCUCCUACCACCAUUGCUGAAGUCCACGAACAAGCUGCCAAGGCAAAGAGUGAAGAAAAGGAAGCUAUGAAGCGUACAACAAGCUCACGCGGCAACUUGCCACACCCCAUGUCUCGUGGAGGAUCACACAGAGGUGCUGGUGCCAAGGAUCUCAAGCGUGAAAACUCACAAAGCGGCAAUGCAUCAACUUCUGUGGAUGGCUGGAAUACCGUUGGCCCUGGUAGCCCUGGUGGCACUACUAAGGGUAGCCGUGUCAAUGAAUUGGCCAACUUUGGCAAGACCGAUCGUAGCAAAACCCGGAGUAGCGUUCUUGGCCCAUCAUCCAACAGUCCUUUUGCAAGCCUGAAUCGCGCCGGCAGCAAAUCAGGAGAACAAAAGAAUGCCUCCAAUGAUAGCCGAUCAAGCCCAUCUUCCAUGGGUAACAUGUUUAGUGCUCUUGGUGGUGAAGAGGGUGAUCAUGAUCAUAACGAAGGUGCUGAAGAUAACGAAGAAUCCACCGAACGACAAGAAAAUGAAGCCGAGAACGAGGCUGAUGAUGCUCAGCAAAACUAA